AUGUUCAAAUCCCUAAGUAGGUGCUUUAGUACCACAUCACAGCUCUUCAAACAAUCGGGGGCAUCCAAAGUUGAAAAACAUCUAGACUAUCUCAAACAUUAUUACAAUCCUGAAUUAUUGGAGAGUAUCAAACUCACCGAGUCAGUAGUGGAUCCAAAAGAUUACUUGAACUUGCAAUUACAAGGCCAUGAAGGUAAAUCAAAAAUAGCUCCAAAGUCAACGUUUGACUAUUCAACAACGGAUCCUGAAUGGAAUGAGCCUAUUUUAUACCCAAACCAGGGUCUAGGUCGUACACCAUAUCCCAGAAUCCCGCAAGUACAUUCGCCAGAUCGUGGUGAUUUGAAAAUACGUUUCAGCAAUGCUCCAAGGGCACCAAAUGACUCACCACAAUCAAGUACGGCUGUGAAAAAUACAAGUCAAAUUGCCAGAGAAUUGAGUCAACUUACUGGACUUGAUGAAAAAUACAUACGAAAUUUGUACAUCAGACCAUUGGUGAUGAAGCGUGUGUCUUUGAAAACUGCAAAGGGUAACAUUGCCAACUUCUUUGUCAUGUCUGUGGCGGGAGACAAAAACGGGAUGUUGGGUAUUGGUAUCGGAAAAUCGAGGGACGGAAUUCGUACAGCUGCGACCAAAGCACAUUGGAAUGCAGUGAAAAAUUUGACCCCUAUAAAAAGAUAUGAUAAUAGAACCAUUCUUGGUUCCUUUGAACUCAAAUAUCAUGCUACAAAGUUGAAGUUCAAGUCGGCUCCAAUUGGGUUUGGAUUGAGAUGUAAUAGAAAUAUUUUCGAAAUCUGCCAAGCUGCCGGUAUUAAAGACCUUAGAGGAAAAGUGCACAAGUCUAGAAACCCAGUGUUGGUUGCACAGGGGUUUUUCAAAGCCUUGACUCAGCAAAAGUCAAUUGAGGAGUUGGCAUUGAACAGGGGGAAGAAGGUUAUUGAAUUGAGAAAGGUGUAUUACUCUUAA